GAUGUCGUUUUUAAUUUCUAGUUUUACCCUUUCAAUCCCUUUGUCAUUUUUUUUCCAUUCGUCAAGUUAAACCCUAAAUCUGAAAAUUUUGUGAAAAUUUUCCUUCUCUUUCUUCGGCGAGCUCUCCGUUCUGCGUGGUCAAAUCCACUCGAAGUCUUCGAGCCGCCGAUGAUUGAGGGAGCAACUGCGAGAUAAUUAUCUUAGUUUUCAAGAUUAACAGUGUUGGUGGAAAGUGUUCAAUUGAGAAUCGCCUAACAUGAAGAACGCCGAGCGCAUUGCGAAUUUUGCUUUAGCCGGAUUGUCAUUAGCUCCACUUGUUAUGAAGGUUGAUCCUAACGUGAAUGUGGUUCUGACUGCUUGUCUAACUGUUUACGUGGGUUGCUAUCGGUCUGUGAAACCCACUCCACCUUCAGAGACGAUGUCAAGUGAGCACGCCAUGCGUUUUCCCUUUGUUGGGAGUGCAAUGCUUUUAUCUCUUUUCUUGCUUUUCAAGUUUCUGUCGAAGGACUUGGUCAAUGCAGUCUUGACGUGCUACUUUUUUGUGCUUGGGAUCCUUGCUCUUUCAGCGACUCUGUUGCCUGCUAUUAAGCGAUAUCUGCCAGACCAUUGGAAUCAAGAUGCUAUUGUAUGGACUUUUCCAUAUUUCCGUGCUUUGGAGAUCGAGUUCACCAGGUCUCAGGUCGUUGCAGCAAUUCCUGGAACCUUUUUUUGUGCAUGGUAUGCUUUGAAGAAACACUGGCUGGCUAACAAUAUCUUGGGCCUUGCCUUUUGUAUCCAGGGAAUUGAAAUGCUUUCUCUUGGUUCCUUUAAGACUGGUGCCAUACUUUUGGCUGGACUGUUUGUAUACGAUAUCUUCUGGGUUUUCUUUACUCCAGUGAUGGUUAGUGUCGCGAAAUCGUUUGAUGCGCCUAUAAAGCUUCUGUUUCCCACCGCAGAUGCUGCUCGACCAUUCUCCAUGCUUGGACUUGGUGACAUUGUCAUUCCCGGGAUCUUUGUUGCACUGGCUCUACGAUUUGAUGCAUCCAGGGGAAAAGACGGUCAAUAUUUCAAGAGUGCUUUUAUGGGAUACACAGUUGGUUUGGUCCUCACAAUAGUGGUCAUGAAUUGGUUUCAAGCUGCCCAGCCUGCUCUUCUUUACAUUGUUCCUGCUGUUAUUGGAUUCUUGGCUGCUCAUGUCAUAUGGAAUGGCGAAGUCAAACCGCUAUUAGAGUUUGAUGAGUCGAAGAGUGGUAUUUCAUCUGAAGAUGGCGGUGAAGAUGACAAAGGAAGCAAGAAGGAAUAAGAAAUUUAGAGAAGGUGGAGGAGGAGGAGGAGGAGGGGGUGGGAGGCAUAAUUUUCAAUGUGGGCUAUAUAAAGCCAUAUCAUAUCCACUUCCAUCCAUCCUGUAAGCUAAACCUUCUUUUUAACAUGGGCCUAAUUUUAUUUCCAAAACUUCGGCUUGCCUUGCCUACUCUACAGUCCUGUAUCCACGUAGCAACUCCUCUCCUCUCUCCUCUUUUUAACUCUCUUUAGUUUUAUUUUAUUGCAACAGUGCCCCCCUUGUCUGGGGUUCUUAUACCAAAUUUACAAUUUUCAUAAA